UAACCAGAGUUAGGCGUUUCAGAGACGGAAGUCUUGAUCCUUGGUUUGCUCUGGUGCUGUCCGGGGAGAGGCGAGAGCGAUAAUAAAUAAACGGAGAAGACGUCGGCUUUGAUCUCGGAAAUCGGUCUUUUCGAGGGAGUCGCCAUCUCCUUCCUCUUGUCAUCUCCGUCUAGGGUCUAGGGUGCUUCUACCGAUAAAAGAGAGGAAGAGAGAGUGGUCAGUGGAGGGAAUUUGUGAUCGCCAUCUCGGCGAUUCUUUGCAGGGUUCGGAUCGUCGCCGAUAGUCGUCACGCGCAGGGAUCUGUUAGAUCUGACGAAAAACUCUCGAGCGGCGCCUCGAUUUUUUUGCUCGAUUUCCCUGGGAAUGGCUGGAAAGAAUCCUGCUUGCACCGUUUUCAUUGGUAAUCUGGAUGAGAAGGUGAGCGAAAGAGUUCUUUAUGAGAUAAUGAUUCAAGCUGGACGUAUUGUAGAUUUAUAUGUCCCAAAAGAUAAGGAAACAAAUCGCCCCAAGGGGUUCGCCUUUACAGAGUAUGAGAGUGAGGAGAUCGCUGAAUAUGCUGUGAAGCUUUUCUCUGGCUUGGUGUCUCUUCAUAAGAGGACCCUACGGUUUGCGAUAUCUGGUCAGGAUAAAAGGCCUGCUAAUAACUUGGCCACUACAGUCAAUAAAACCUCAGAUUUGCCUCAUCUUUCUACUCCAUCACAAAAUGUGAAUAUUCAGCAACAGUCUACCCAGGUGAUGACGCCGUGCAGGUUUUCUGCAUACCCACAAUAUAAUUUUCCACCAGGCAUCUCAUUCAAAAUCGACUCCAAUCUACAACCCUGUGUAUUAUGAAUACAAAGUUUGCAGCCAACGGUGAAAUGGUUGUGCAAGCAUUUCUGAAGAGGGUAUACAGUGAUGGCGCAACCUGAACUCUGGACAUUGAAUGCCAAGACAAGCAGGCGAAGGGUACGACAGGGUCUUAGCAAUAAUGUUUUGAGGAGUGGCAGUCAAUGGUAUCUCCUUAGAAGGUUUGUGGUUAACGCAUCUGAGGCAUUUCAUCAAAACAAUAUGACUAUAAAGGAGCUAUAAUUGAACACAUGAGGGAACAAAUAUCCACUGAACUGGAAUUGACAGGAGGGAUAUCAAUAACUCCGGUUUGGUCCGGAUUGGAUAUGCAAUUGAAGUGACUCAAAAUUGGUUAGGGGACAAAACUUUUAGCAGAGUUUGCAUGACAUUCCAAACGUUUUGGAGCCAAAUGGUACUUUUUAAAUGCCGACUUUUUCAGAGGGUUCGGUGAUGUGAAAAUCUGGUUUUCUCGAAAAUGAGUUUUGGAACACAACACAUAAACCUAAUUUCCCUACGUUAUUAAAAAAAUGGGUUUAGGGUGUGUGAUUCAACACAACACAUAAGCCAAUUAGAAGAUCUCAAUUCUUAUUUUGCAAAACAAGUGUUCUUAAAAAGCCAGUUUGUGGGAAGAUGGCUUUUUAAUCCUUUUUGAAAACUUGAUUUAGUCCACUAAAAACUUUUUUUCUCUGGUAAGUUUAUCAGGUUAUUCAUUUUUUUUGGUAAACCAGACUUUCUGAAAACUCAUUUUUGAGUAAACUGUUGUUGUUAGUCAUGCAAACACCAUAAAAAUACUAUUAUGGAGUUUUAUCCAAAACAUUAUCUUAACCUCUAAUCAAGACCUUGGGUUGGGAUCAGGUUUGGAUUUUGUUUGAAACAAAUAUUCAAUCCAACUUGAUUCAGAUUUGGAUUUAGUUUCAAAUGAAUAUCCUACAAUUUAAAAAUUGGUUUCAAAGACGUUGUAGUGACGUGCGUAUCCUAUUUAAAAGCUGAUUUAGGCUGUAAAUUUAAAGUAUUAUUGGAUUCAGAUUAUGAAUUUGAAUUUGGAUUCAAAUACGGUGUGAAUUUUUUUCCGUUCAUAUUCAAAUCUGUAUUGGAAUUUUCAUUUUUGAAAAAACUGGUUUUGUUGUCAUACAAACUCUCUAAAAAUGCUAUUAUGGAGUUUUAUCUUAGGCACUAAGAACUUGGUUUGGUGUCGGGU